AUGAGAUCACUAACUGCACUUAUCGAGCCUGAAAAUUUUAAAAUCGCUAGUUCUUUUCACGGAAGCACUAGUGAAGCUUUGAAUACAUCUUCAGUGACUAUUCCAGACUUCAUGUUAAGCCUGAAGAGCUUUAGAGAGCAUAAAACUGAUUAUAAGCGUAGUUGAAUUAGGAAUAAUCUUGAUGAUAGUCUUUAUGAGGUUGGGACUGAAGAGUAUGCUACGUUCAAUGAAAACAGCCCCUCUAAGAAUAUAUCCAAGGUUAACUUCCAACUUGAAAAGUAUGCAUCGCAGAGAGAAACUACAGCAAGUAGUGACAAAUCUGAUUGCUCCCCCGAGAAGAACACUCAUUUAGAUUGUUCGUUAUUUGGGGAUGGAUCUGAUCUUGAAGAGUACCAAAAGAACUGUAAAGAAAAUAAAAUAGAUGGAAGACACUCAAGAAGAAGAGUUUCACUCUAUGUGGAGCCAUAUAAAACCCAAACAAAGUUCUCUAAGCCACGCAGAGGUCUUUCUACUUGUGAUUUCUCAAAGAAGUACUUAACUAAGAUAGAAUCUGAGUUAUCAGAUCCAAGUGAUUUAAUAUCUUCAGAAAGUAUCCCAGAAUCAUGAUGAAACUUGCCAAAGCAUUCAAAAACUCCUUUCUCAAGAAAUACAGAUUUUUCAACAGCUGUAGAGUUUGCUAAGAAAGCGAGUUCUUUAGCAACUAUUGAAUUAGAUAGAGAGAUUUCUUCUCUAAAAGCUCGAUUCUGAGUCCUUACAGAACAAAUGAGGCAGCUUGAUUGUGAAAACUCUCAUCUUACUCAAGAACUGAACGAGGUUCUGCUUAGUAAAUUAUCAGCAUAACAAUUUUUUUAUCUCGAACUAUUCUGAGC